GUUCUGUUAUCAUUGCAAGCACAGAGAUAAAGAAAAACGACGGGGAAGAAGAAACCGCUGUAGCAUUUCUGAUCAAACAUACGAUCGUGUUCAGGUUAAGUAAUACAGAAUUGCAUUGCAGAGAAAGCGGUGAAGAAUGGGAACGGCAACGGCAUUGGCGCCGGGGCUAUCCCGGAAGCUGAAGAAAGUAUUGGACACCCGUACAGACACGCCGGAUCUGCUGGCUUCUCUCAAAACCCUCUCCGAUUUCUAUGCCGAAAACACACCUCACGCCCGCCGGAACCUCAGAUCCACCAUCGAGAAGCGAUCUCUCUCCAUCAACCAAGAGUUCCUCCUCGCCUCCUCUGCUGCUCAGAAGGCAUUGGAUCACGUCGAAGAAGAAGUCAGUGCACUAGCGGAAUGCUGUGACAAAAUCGCUUUGGCUCUAAGCACCUGCAAUGCCACCACUGGUGAUAUUAUUAGUACCACAGAAAGGCUAAAACAGGAACUUGAAAUUACUACUCAGAGGCAAGAGAUAGUGUCAUGCUUUCUUCGUGAUUAUCAGCUAUCUAAUGAUGAGAUAAAUGCACUAAGAGAGGAAGAGCUUGAUGAGAAUUUCUUCAAGGCACUUGCUCAUGUUCAAGAAAUCCAUGCAAAUUGCAAAGUGCUCCUUAGGACUCAUCACCAGCGUGCUGGCUUAGAGCUAAUGGAUAUGAUGGCCAUGUAUCAAGAAGGAGCAUAUGAACGCCUUUGCAGGUGGGUCCAAACCGAGUGCCGAAGGCUGGGGGACAUAGAUAACCCUGAAGUUAGUGACCUUCUGAGAAAUGCAGUACGCUGCCUCAAAGAAAGACCUGUCCUUUUCAAAUAUUGUGCAGAAGAGAUUGCAAACAUGAGGCACAAUGCUUUGUUUAGAAGAUUUAUAAGUGCUCUCACGCGCGGAGGACCUGGUGGACUACCUAGGCCGAUCGAAGUCCAUGCUCAUGAUCCUCUAAGAUAUGUAGGAGACAUGCUUGGAUGGCUGCAUCAGGCACUGGCAUCUGAACGAGAACUUGCCCUUGCAUUGCUCGAACCAGAUGCAACUGCUGAUACUGGGUCAACUCAACAUCAGUUCUCAAGAAAUCUAGAGGGAGAUUCAGGAAAGAAGGAUUCUGAUCUAACAUUUGUUCUAGACAGGAUCUUUGAAGGAGUUUGUCGGCCAUUUAAAGUAAGAGUUGAACAAGUUUUGCAGUCUCAGCCUAAUCUUAUCAUUUCAUACAAACUCAGUAAUACCCUGGAGUUCUACAGCUGGACGAUAUCAGACUUGCUAGGAAGAGAAACAGUGUUAUGUAAUACACUUUGGGUUCUUAAAGAGGCAGCUUCCAAAACAUUCUUUGAGAUACUAAAGGUUAGGGGAGAGAGACUUUUAAGAUAUCCUCCCUUGGUGGCUGUUGAUCUAUCUCCACCACCAGCUGUAAGGGAAGGAGUCUCAUUGCUGCUUGAAAUAAUUGACACACAUAAUAGCAUGAUGAUUCCUUUAUCUGAGAAAAAGCCUUCCUUUGAUCCAAUCAUAUCUGCUCUUUUAGAUCCUAUUAUACAGAUCUGUGAGCAAGCCGCAGAGGCACACAAGUCCAAGGGGGGCAUUCAGUCCUUGAGAAAAAAUAGAACCAGCUCUGAUCCCAUUCAAUUCCGUAGAUCAUCUAUAGAUGCCCUUGUGGAUAGUGGCCGUUCCACACCAUCAUCCCAGAGUGAAAGACCAGCCAAAAUAUUCCUAAUCAACUGCUUAUGUGCCAUCCAACAACCAUUGUUCGGACAUGAAGUCGCGUCUGAGUACGUCAACAAACUGGGUGUGAUGAUAGACGGGCACAUGCAUGGCCUUGUGGAAAAAGAAGUGGAUGCCAUUCUCAGAAGAUGUGGUUUGUCAAACAAGAUGCCUCAUUUCCUCAAGUCAUUUGAAAUUGAUGAAUCGGGCAACAUAGUCGACGGGCCCCCAUUGGCAGAGCUUGAGGAAAUGGGUCCCACAGCUGUUGCAGAGAGCCUCAAGGCUUUAUUCGGGCUCGUUCUGGGAAGUGAGUGUGUGCUGCCAGAAUUUGAGGCGAUGCAAGUGCCGAGUUUGCGAUCAGAAGCUUGCGCACGGGUGGCUAGGUCAUUGGCUGAAGCAUAUGAGGUCAUUUACAAGGCCAUAAUGGAUCCGAAAAACUGCUACCCUGAUCCCAAGUCAUUGGCAAGGCAUCCACCCGAUCAGAUUAGGACCAUUUUGGGAAUUUAAUCCAUCCAUCCAUCGUUAGCUUUCGUGUAAAUUGACAUUUUGUGUUGAAUAAAUGACUACUGUUCAAAUUUAUGUAUUUAUAUGUGUACACUCUGCAAAAAAAUGGGAGUAAUUAUAGGCUUGACCGCUUGGAGCAAAAAAGUCGUUUGAUAGCGUCAAUUUUUUCCUUCAAAAAACGAGUAAGCUUUCCAUGCCAACAAUACUUUCACGCCUUUCUUUUUAAAGUAAGUUUAUAGCGCAGAACUAUCUGCGAGACUGUGAGUGAGUUU